AUGCAGAAGACAGUGACUCAGGCCUGGAAGCCGCCGGCGGGUCGUGCGGGGGCCAAAACUACUCCUGCAGCGGCGGAGAGGGCGACAAAGGGGCCGGGAUUCAAGCCGAGAGGGCUGCCCGCUUGCAGUUAUUGCGGAAUGACGGGGCACUUCAAGUCUGACUGCGAAGACCUCACUACCGACAUCAAGACCUUAGGGGUUCGCCUGACAAUGAGGGACUAUUAUCUGGACGGUGAAAAGAUAGAGGCAGCUAUUCUGCGGGACGAGGUGGACCCCUCCGGAGGUAGCCGCGGAGGUGAGAGCGGUGGCGGCGGAGGAGCGGGUGUGCUACAGGGAGCGGUAUGA